AUGGCAAAGAGGCUCACGAAACGCAAGGUAGUUGAGGAGCCCGCAUCAGAAGCUGAUGAAGACGACGACGAAGAAGCCGUUCCAGAGUCCAAAUCCGCCAAAAAGCGCAAAACCACCGCGGCCAAGGUCAAGCUGCAGUACGAAGACGACUCCGAAGUGGAAGCAGAGGAAGCUCCCAAACCCGCAGCCAAGAAGCGCAAGACACCAGCCAAAUCCAAAGCCAAAUCCUCCCAGGACACGAUGCCCCUUGCCGAACGGACAGUCAUCUCCUCCUUGAAAAAAGCCAUGUACAUUGGGGCGCACGUCAGCGCCGCCGGUGGAGUACAAAACGCCAUCACGAACGCGGUGCAAAUCGGAGCCAACUCCUUCGCCCUCUUCCUCAAAUCACAGCGCAAAUGGGAUAGCCCUCCGCUCGCUGCCGACGCGCGGACUGGCUUCGAGACUCUGUCCAAACAGCACAGCUUCGAGGUGCACAAGCACUGCCUGCCGCAUGGUUCAUACCUCGUCAACCUCGCAGCGGCGGAAGCCGCGAAAGCCGACCAAGCAUACCGUUCUUUCGUGGACGAUCUACAGCGCUGCGAGGCUUUGGGGGUGCGGUUGUACAACUUCCAUCCAGGAAAUACGAACGGUGAAGCGCGAGAAGCGGCCGUGGGCCGCAUCGCAAGCCAGUUAAACAAAGCGCACAAGGCAACAGAGAAGGUCGUCACGGUGCUGGAAAAUAUGGCGGGACAGGGGAAUGUGGUGGGAUCUACGUUUGAGGACCUACGGGACAUCAUCGCGUUGGUGGAGGACAAGAGCCGCGUGGGUGUGUGCAUUGAUACGUGCCAUGCCUUCGCCGCUGGCUACGACCUGCGCACUCCAGCGGCGUACGCGGAUACCAUGGGGAAGUUUGACGAUGUAGUCGGGUACGGGUAUCUCAAGGCGUUCCAUCUAAAUGAUAGCAAGGCGCCGAUGGGGUCGCACCGCGACUUGCACGCCAAUAUCGGGACGGGGUUUCUAGGGCUGAGGGCCUUUCAUAACGUAAUGAAUCAUGGGGUGGUCGAGGGUUUGCCGAUGGUGUUGGAGACGCCGAUUGACAGGAAGGGGCCGGAUGGGAAGACGGUUGAGGAUAAGAAGGUCUGGGCGGACGAGAUCAAAUUGCUCGAGAGCCUCAUUGGGAUGGAUCCUGAGAGCGACGAGUUCAAGGCCCUGGAUGAGCGCUUGCAGACUCAAGGGGAGAGUGAACGCGUCAAAGUGCAAGAUCAGGUGGAUCGAAAAGCGGUCAAGGACUCGAAGAAGGGGACGAAAGGAAAGAGGGGCAAGAAGAAGGCAGCUGACGACAAUGAUUCAGAUUCUGACUAG